AUGGCUUCUAUCCUACAUAGGGCGGCUACAUUAUAUCUUAAAAAUCAAGUUCGGGCUUCACAUGCCGCUACUGCUGGUGGACAUGGAGGUGGUUACAAACUGUGGAAGAAGUUGACCUUCUUCGUAGCAUUCCCUGCUGUUGGUCUCGGUAUGCUGAAUGCUUACUUAGCACACCAAGAAGAGCACCAUGAGCGCCCGCCUUUCGUUCCUUAUGAAUACUUGCGUAUUCGCACAAAGCGAUUCCCAUGGGGCGAUGGACAGAAGAGCUUGUUCCACAACCCCCAUGUCAAUGCACUCCCAACUGGCUAUGAAGAUGAUCAUUGA